AUGAGGCAGUACCUGACCCCAUCCAGACUCCCAGGGGUCACACCCAUCACUGAGGAUCCUGCAGAGCUGUGUGUGCAUCCGGGACAUGAGCCCCAUGAGCAGCUGAGUGUCCAAGGUGUCAACAAGCUGCUUGGCAUCGGGGCCGGUCCUGCUAAGUGCCCAGCCAGCUUUCGGGCGUCCUCCUCCUUGCAGAAGUGGGCCUGCCUGGGGCGCGGGCCGCACUCCUGGCCCGGGGCGGAGCUCGUUCACCUGCGCGGCUCCCUCCUCGCACCUGCCCGAGGGCCCGCGCGCACCGCGCUCCCGUGUCCGGGGAAGGAGGCCGGGCGCGCCGCGACACCUGCGCUUCCCUGGCGGGAGGCAGGGCUGGGCCGGCGGCGCGGCAGGUGCGGGCCUCGGGCGGGGCCGGGAGGGCGGCGCGCAGGGCGUGCGGAGCACGGGGCGGGAGGCUGGGGCUCCAGGCAGGCGGGGCCCGGGGUCCGGCGGGCGUGCGGGGCUCUAGGCACGCGGAGCGCGGGGCGCGGGUGGGCAGGCGGGGCAGGAGCGCGGGGCCCGCUGGCCGCUGGGUUCCGCAGCCGGCGGAGGAAGGCGGGCCGGGCUCGCGCCGGGGCCAUGCGGGCGGCGGCCAGGACGGUGGGGCUGCUUCUGCUGCUGGCCGCAGGCCUGCCCCGGAGCCGCGGACUGAAGUGUGGGAUCCGGGCAGUUGGUUUGAAAAGUACGGAAACUGUCUUGGAAUCUGGAUUCUUCUCUAGAAUCACUCGUUGGAGAAAUUCAGCAGUUGGCGGACAUUCGUGGCAGGUCUCCCUAAAAUUAGGUGAGCACCACUUCUGUGGAGGAAGCUUGAUUCAGGAUGAUCUGGUUGUUACAGUGGCGCGCUGCCUGGGUAGCCUCUCUGAGAUGCAAAUGAAGAGUCUGAUGGUGACGGCUGUUGAGAACAACUUCUUUCAGAAGUAUGAGCAAGAACAGAAUAUUCGUGUCUCAAAAGUUGUCAUCCAUCCUGAAUACAGCAGACUUCAGUAUAUGAGUCAUAAUAUUGCACUGCUGUUUCUAAAAAGCAAAGUCAGGUCUGAUUGUGUGAGAGGAGAAAUUAAAGUUAAUGAUAAAGGUAGGACCCAUAAAAGAGCUCAUUUAUGCGGCUCCAAGAAAGAAUUUGUCCCGAUGUCUAAUGGUGCUUACCUGACUGUGAAUUUUAAGACUGAUGAGUCUGUGGGAGAAAGAGGUUUUAAACUUCUUUUAGAAGACAUUGUCCAGAAACGAUCACAAAAAAGCAAUAUUGGGACCAAAUUGCCUAUCAAUGGGGUAACAACAGAAAACAAGACAGGAAGACCGCCAGCCCAAGACAAGUGCGGGAUUCCCGUCAUCGACCCAUUUCUAAUGGAAGGGUCAGAGAGAAACACAAACGGGCUGCCAGCUGCGGUUGGGGAGCCCAGGGUGGUUGGUGGCCGAACCGCCCCUGCACUGUCAUGGCCCUGGCUGGCCAGUCUGCAGCGCCAAGGGCAGCAUUACUGUGGAGGCGCCCUGAUUGCCCCUCAGUGGGUGCUGACGGCCGCGCACUGUGACUUCAGCACUGUGACAGAUAGCCUGGUGAUAGGAAGAAGUUACCUCUCGAAUAUAGGACGGAGUGACUGGAUACCAGUGAGAGCUGUACACACGCACCCUGGCUUCACACAAUUUCCUCCUAAUGAUGACCUAUCCUUGUUGCAUCUGGAAAGACCUGUCAAACUAGGAGAGUUUAUAUCUCCAAUCUGUUUGCCAAGGAACAAUGAGAAAAUAAAUUUACUUUCCAAAUGUAUGACUGCUGGAUGGGGAAUAACUGAACCACAUCAAAGUGAAUUUCCUAAAACUGUGCAGCAGGCAAAGGUUCCACUGAUCAGUACCACAUCUUGUCGAAGGUACUGGGGACUGGAUAUUAAAAACACCAAUAUAUGUGGAGGGGCUGCAGGAUCAUCCUCAUGCAUGGGAGAUUCCGGAGGACCACUGCAGUGUGUCUGUGACGGGCAGUACAAGCUGAUAGGUGUCGUGAGCUGGGGCAGCAGUAACUGCCAUCCCACUGCGCCAACAGUCUUCACCAGAAUUUCCGCCUACAGGGACUGGAUCACAUCUGUCACCAGAGGAGAAGUGUGAUCCCUGAAAUGAGCAGCAUGAUGGGAUUGUGUUUAUCAAUGGGAAAGAAAUACAUGACUUAUAACUGA